UGUUUAUUUCGCGAGUUGUUUGGCGGCAACCGGCAAGUGUUCAAGCUAAGCACGUGACGCGAAAAAUGAAGUCGACGAAAUAAAAUUCAAGAAUACAACUUCUAAUGCAAAACAAUAAUUAAAUAAUAUUCAAUACAGAGAAGCAACCAUCCGGUAUAAUGUCUGUCGGCACUAAAGUGGUUCACGUUUUUGAGGGUAAUACUAAGAAGCCAUGGUACAAAUAUAUCACAGUAGAGGUGCCGAUGUUCCUGUACAUGAUGGCCUAUAUGAUAACAAAUGUGAUAGAACAGUCAUUCUAUGUGUUCCAAGCUUGCACCGUGAACCAUGGUUACAGUGCUGACGUAUGCUACAAUAUAAGCAACUAUGAUGAAAUCAAUAAAGAAGUACAGGUAACUGUAUCAACAUUCCACCAGUGGAACGGCGUGGCAAGUCACGUCGUCCCGUUGCUACUCGCGUUUUUCUUGGGCUCCUACAGCGAUAAGCGCGGUCGCAAAAUUAUAUUACUCGCCGGCCUACUUGGAAAACUGUAUUUUUCAGCUAUGAUAACCUUGAAUACGGCAAAAGCAUGGCCCGUGGAAUACAUAAUAUACACAGCAGCAUUCCCGAGUGCCUUAACCGGAGCCGACCUAGCGAUAUUCGCUGGCUGCUUCGCCUACAUAGCUGACGUUUCUUCCUUGAAAAAUAGAACGUUAAGAGUUGGUAUUCUAGAUGUCGUUUACUUAAGCACAAUGCCUUCUGGAGUAGCCUUGGGUAACUUACUAUGGAACAAAGUGGUCGACCGAUCGUUCACAACAAUGUUUGCGAUCAACACAUUCCUCAUGCUACUAGCUACGUUAUAUACUUUGAUAUUUCUGGAAUGGCAAACCAGGCCCGAACAAAAGUCGUUGAAACAAGCUGGUAUCAAAAACCCAGUGAAGGAUUUCUUCGAUGUGAAGAAUAUAAAACAUACGCUUACGACACUAGCACAAAAGAGGCCGAAUAAUCGGAGGCUAUUCUUAUGGUUUCUUUUGAUAGCAAUGGCAUUUUAUACGUUUCAGAGAGACGAGCGGCCGGUGAUGUAUUUAUACACUACAAAAGUAUUUAAGUGGGACACAACAACAUUUAGCAACUUCAGGACAUAUCUGAGCACCCUGUACGUCAUAGCUAUGCUGUUUGGUAUCCCACUUAUGACUAAAGUAUUCCAUUGGAGAGACACAGUCAUAGUAAUGCUGGGAGCGUCUGCCCAUAUAUGCGGUCAUUUGAUAUAUGCUCAUGCUACGACUGACAAGCUGAUGUACGUGGGUGCGACAGCGGCGGCCCUAGGGCCGUGUGUGGCCCCGCUAAUACGAUCCAUGACCUCUAAAGUGCUGCCACCUGCUGAAAGAGGUGUAGCGUACGCCUUCUUGUCGGUCAUGGAGAAUGCUGUUGCGAUGUUUGCGUCCAUCAUAUACUCACAGCUCUACAAAGCCACGCUCGACACAGAUUUCGCUAAUUCAAUAUUUUACCUCACAAUAUCGACGCAAGUCGUGGUGUUUACUUUAAUAUUUUCAAUGGAAAUUAUGUUAAAAGGCCGUCCAUUAGAACCUAUUUACGAAAAGGACGAAGAAAGAAGAAUAUCAACAUCAUCAUAACAUACAAAUAAAACUAUACAGCUAAUGUUCCGACAUUUAUUGGUUAGUAUACGGUUUUACAUUAUUUAUGAAGAAAAAAUUACACUGGAAAUACUAACCUAGUGGCUAAUACACAGAAAUACCUCUAAACGACAGUAUGUAUUGAUAAAUGAAACAUUAGAGUAUGUAAGUAUAAAGUGGUAAUCAAGACAGAGAAUCAUAAAACUUUGAUACGUAGCAUAUAAUGCAGUUAGUGAGAAAUGUAUUCCAAUUUAUUUUGUGAUAAUUUAAGAUAUUAUUUUUAAUGUUAUUUGAAUAUUAAUCAAUUCGAGUGGAGUAUUGCUAAAUCAAGAUUUUUUGUCAACUUCACCAACUGUUAGUUAAAUCGUUGUUACAAAUAAACUAUAUUUUAUUAAUGA